GGAUGGAAAAUUCUCCUCCUGCUCACUCAGAUCUCAGCCCAGUACUCACAGCCCUACCCCUCUGUCCUCAGUAUUGUUCUGCUCCUAUCCCAGCUGUUAGACACAAUGAUAGACCUGAGGACUUUGUUUUUCACCAUUAUUCUGGUACCGUGGAUGCUCUCUUCUGCAGCAAGAAAUGGAUACAUGGAAGCAAGGAAACCUAAGAAAGAGGUUGUGACCAUCCCAGACUAUGACACCGCUGGAGACUCAGAUACAAGCCCAGCAGCAGCUCCGAAAGAUGAGGGUGAGCUGCCCACGUGCCUACUGUGUGUGUGUCUGACUGGGUCAGUAUACUGUGAGGAGGUCUCCCCUGAGAUGACAGCAGUUCCAUCCCUGCCCAAGGAAACUGCCUAUCUCUACGCACGCUACAACAAAAUCACAAAAAUCACCAACAAAGACUUUGCAGACAUUGCAACUUUGAGAAGAAUCGAUCUGACUGGGAACCUCAUCUCUGAGAUAGAAGACGGCGCUUUCUCAAAGCUUGCCCUCCUUGAAGAGCUCAAUCUCUCAGAGAACAAGCUGGCCAAACUACCCAUGUUACCUGCCAAACUCAUAUCCUUCAAUGCCAAUUACAACCAGCUUAAAACCAAGGGUAUAAAGUCAACCGCUUUUAAGAAACUCACCAAGAUGGCGUACCUCUACCUUGGCAAUAACGAGCUGGAGGCGAUACCACAACUUCCAGAGAGUCUCCACAUUGUGCACCUAUAUAACAAUAAGAUCACCACGCUAUCAGAUGAGACCUUCUGCCAAGGCAACAACACUCAGUACAUCAGAGCCAACAUGGAGGAGGUGAGACUGGAUGGCAACCCUCUGAUGCUGGCCAAGCAUCCCAACAGUUUUGUUUGCCUCAGGGCUCUGCCCAUUGGACCGUACCACUGAACCAGUGGGAUAGUCUAGGGAGGACCACAAUACUACAGUGAGGGGUUCCCUUGUGAAAAGGGCCAACUAAUGUAAUACACAAGUCAAUAGACCAUAGCACAGCAGUGGCAUGUAAUAUGAGAAGUGUGUACUGGUAUGUUACAAUAUACAGCAGAGCUAUGUAAUAUGAGAAAUGUGUUUGUUUUGUAAGUUACAAUUGAAUGUCUCUUAGGUCAAUCUUACCAACCAUGAUUGGCUAAAUUGGUGCCCUCUUAAGUAGGGCAGGAGUUCUCUUACACAACAUAACUAUAUGCACAAUACUCUUUUGACCAUUUUUUAUCAAUGUUUUAUAUUUCCAAUAGCACAUCUGGAAAUCGCAUCAGUUGCAUUCAUCUACUUUUCAAGUAAUAAUUGCUAAUAAAUGUACAUAAAGUCUAACUACAAUUUGCUAACAUUUGAAACCGUUUACCUAUAUUUUAAAUGGGUAUAACAUGUAAUUUGCCGUAAAUGUUUAUAUUCAUUUAUCAGAAUAAAAACAAUAUAAAAUGAUUCAAACGACACUGCGAUGCCUCCACUGAGUAAUGUAACUUUUAUUAGACAAAUACCACAUUGUCACAUUUGGCUCUGAAAAAUGUUUCAACCAAGCUCAGUAUCACAAAGAGUACAUAAAUAAACAUUUUUUCCCAUA